AUUGUUGUUUAUAUAAUGAUUCAGCAAACAACAGAGGAGAUUUAUACUACAUCCGUGUCGGUGCCUAGUCGGAAAAGCGAAUCAACGGUCGUGAUGUGGAAGAUAUUGGUCCCGAUUUUUACUGUGGCGUUUGCUGUUACCAGCGCGGGUUUAGUUGGUGGCCCAUCUGAUGCGAACGUAAACGAUGAAGGGGUGCAAAAUGCCUUGCAAUUUGCUGUUGUUCAGCACAACAAGGGGACCAAUGAUAUGUACAUCAACAAAGUGGCUAAAGUGAUCAAGGUCCAGAAACAGGUCGUUGCUGGGAUGAAGUACAUUUUCACUGUGGAAAUGGCGAGAACCAGCUGCAGAAAGGGCGGAGUGGAGACUGAGUGCGAAAUCCACACUGAUUUAACGCUUGCUAAGCCCUACACAUGCACUUUUGAGGUCUGGAGCCGUCCAUGGAUGGGCCCACCAGUGGUUAUCAAGAACGUCUGCAAACAUUAGAUUUCCUAGAAGAAGCUUCCACACCCAGUCAGGUUUUGGAUUGCCACGAGUCAUAAAAACAAAACAUUCAUAACAAACAUAUUUUUAUCUGGCAAGAAUACUGUUACUUACUGACUGACUUUUCUAUACAUUACAACUAAUACCUGUGGCAUUUUUGAUCAUAUGCCAACUGUAAACGAAUCUACCCUUCUCUCAGAAUAAAGAUUUAGCUAUA